CAUUAUAAGGCGGUUAAAUUGAGGAAGUACGGUUUCGGCUCAGUCCAUUGCAGAGGCAAAAAUUAGGGUUAGGGUUUUACAGUUAGCCGCACGCCAUGGUUCUCAAGACUGAGCUUUGCCGCUUCAGUGGUGCGAAGAUAUAUCCUGGUCGGGGUAUCAGGUUCAUUCGUUCUGACUCCCAGGUCUUUUUGUUUGCCAAUUCGAAAUGUAAGAGGUAUUUCCAUAACAGACUGAAGCCAUCCAAGCUCACCUGGACUGCAAUGUACAGGAAGCAGCAUAAGAAGGACAUUCAUGCAGAAACUGUGAAAAAGAGGAGGCGUACCACCAAGAAGCCCUACUCUAGGUCUAUUGUUGGUGCCACACUUGAGGUGAUUCAAAAGAAGAGAACUGAGAAAGCUGAAGUCCGUGAUGCUGCUAGGGAAGCGGCUCUUCGUGAGAUCAAGGAAAGGAUAAAGAAAACAAAGGAUGAGAAGAAAGCAAAAAAAGCAGAGCUCAUGUCCAAGUCACAGAAGACCCAAGUGAAGGGUAGCAUGGCCAAGGCCCCUACCCCAAAGGGUCCAAAGCUUGGUGGAGGCGGUGGCAAGCGAUGAGCGAUUCAUUAAGGUGCACCCUGAGUGAGUGAAACAUGAAGUUCAGGAAAGGAACUGUUUUUUUCUUGGUCAUGGAAAUACUGAUUAUUAGGAUUCAUUAUUGCUGUUUUCUGUGCAUUUUCUUUGUAGCUAUGAGAUGUUUGCCUUCCGGUUUCUGGUGACGACUGCCUGAAAUGGAUUUGGAUUUUAAAUUUUGGAUUAGCUUAGAGAAAACAAUGAUGUACUACUCUUUUGUUUCCAUCUCAGUGUCCUUGAUGUUACUUGUAUUA